GGUAGGUGCCGCUGUAUCUUGGAAAUGAAUAACAGUUAGCUGUAUAAGCCAGAGUGAAUUCCCAGUACAUUGCACCCACUGGGGAGGGGAUACCAGUUGCAGUUGGUAUUGCAUGUGUAUGGCUAUGCACAGAAGUGUUUGUGCUACUUUACUUCAGACCAUCUUCUGGUGCUUAAUUACUAACAUAUGUUAUGGCACUCAGACCGAUAUUGAAUGCUUAAGAAAGAUACAACUGUCACUGCGUGACCCUUUGGACAGCUUAAAGUAUUCAUGGAAUUUCAGCAACAAAACAGAAGGGGCCAUAUGCAAGUUUAAUGGUGUUGAAUGCUGGCAUCCUGAUGAAAACAGGGUCCUUAACCUGCACCUGUCAAACAUGGGCCUUGAAGGCCCAUUUCCAUCGGGACUUGAGAAUUGUACAAGCUUGACUGGGUUGGAUCUCUCAAGCAACAACCUUUCUGGGUCCAUCCCUGCUGACAUCUCAAGAAAGAUACCUUAUAUCACAAGCCUCGAUCUCUCGUUCAAUAAUUUCACAGGCGAAAUUCCGGCAAACCUCUCUAACUGCUCGUAUCUGAAUGUUCUUAGUCUGCAGCAUAAUCGGUUGUCUGGACAGAUCCCUGGGCAACUGACAACUCUCAGUCGACUGACAUCUCUCAAUGUUGCUGAUAAUAUGUUAUCAGGACAAAUCCCUGUAUUUCAUACUUCCUUUUCAGCUGCAAAUUUUGCAAAUAAUCCAGGACUUUGCGGGACGCCUCUGAAUGCUUGCACAUCUUCAAAGAAGGGCUCUACUGGGGUGAUCAUUGGCUCUGCUAGUGGUGCUGUGGUAUUAACAAUUACAGUUGUUGGAGUUGUUAUAUACUUCUGCUUACGGAAGUUGCCUGUCAAGAAGAAGGAAAAGGAUGUAGAAGAAAACAAAUGGGCAAAAACUAUAAAGGGAGCUAAAGGCAUCAAGGUUUCAAUGUUUGAAAAUUCAGUUUCAAAAAUGAAAUUGAGCGAUCUCAUGAAAGCAACCAAUGAUUUUAGCAACGAUAACAUCAUUGGUUCAGGUAGAACAGGGACUAUGUAUAAGGCAACACUUCCAGAUGGCUCUUUCCUUGCUAUCAAGAGGUUGCAAGACUCCCAGCAUUCUUCAAGCCAGUUCGAAUCUGAGAUGGCAACACUGGGAAGUGUCAGACAUCCCAAUUUGGUUCCCCUUUUAGGUUACUGUGUGGCCAAGAAAGAGCGGCUGUUGGUAUACAAACACAUGCCGAAAGGGACUCUUUAUGAUCAGCUACAUCAGGCAGAUAUGAUAGACAAAGUCAUGGAAUGGCCAUUAAGGCUGAGGAUCAGUAUUGGAGCAGCAAGAGGCUUGCAAUGGCUUCACCACAGUUGCAAUCCUCGCAUUCUUCACCGCAACAUUAGUUCUAAAUGCAUCCUACUUGAUGAGGAUGAUGAGCCAAAAAUAUCGGACUUUGGACUUGCAAGGCUUAUGAAUCCAAUUGAUACCCAUCUCAGCACUUUUGUCAAUGGUGAGUUUGGUGACUUCGGUUAUGUGGCCCCUGAAUAUGCCCGCACAUUGGUGGCCACUCCAAAGGGUGAUGUUUACAGCUUUGGAGUUGUUCUGCUGGAACUGGUUACCGGUGAAAGACCCACUCAUUUGUCCAAUGCUCCCGAAAGCUUCAAGGGCAGUUUGGUAGAGUGGAUCACAUAUCUUUCAAAUAAUUCCCUUCUUCAGGAUGCAAUCGAUAAGUCUUUAAUUGGUAAGGACCAUGACAGCGAGCUUCUCCAAUUUAUGAAAGUUGCAUGUGCUUGUGUACUCUCUGCUCCUAAGGAGAGGCCAACAAUGUUUGAAGUAUACCAGAUUCUAAGAGCUAUCGGCGAGAGGUACCAUUUCACUGCUGCUGAUGAGAUAUUGCUGCCUCCCCUAAGCACUGAUGCUGAUAGCCUGGAUGAACUUAUAGUGGCAAAGUAAUUAAAAGAGUUGGUAUGAUGGUACAAAUAAGGUAG